UUUAACACCUACGGGCCCCGAAUGUGCUUAGAUGAUGGUCGUGUUGUUAGUAACUUCGUUGCUCAGGCACUAAGAAAGGAGCCUUUGACCGUUUAUGGGGAUGGGAAGCAGACAAGGAGUUUCCAAUAUGUAUCUGAUUUGGUAGAGGGUCUGAUACGCCUCAUGAAAGGAGAACAUGUGGAACCUUUCAAUCUUGGAAAUCCGGGUGAAUUCACCAUGCUUGAACUUGCCAAGGUGGUGCAAGAAACAAUAGAUCCAGAUGCUAAGAUAGAAUACAGGCCCAACACAGAAGAUGACCCACACAAGAGAAAGCCUGAUAUUAGUAGGGCUAAGGAGCUACUUGGGUGGGAAACCAAGGUGGACCUACGCAAGGGACUCCCUUUAAUGGUUUCUGACUUCCGACAACGCAUUUUUGGUGACCACAAGGAAGGUGCAACCACAGCCUAA